AUGUCUUCCAGUCGAAAGAAAGUUCUUUUGAAGGUCAUUAUCCUCGGCGAUAGUGGUGUUGGCAAGACAUCGCUUAUGAACCAGUAUGUGAACAAAAAGUUCUCCAACCAAUACAAGGCCACUAUUGGAGCCGACUUUCUCACCAAGGAAGUACUUGUCGAUGACCGUCUCGUGACGAUGCAGAUUUGGGAUACGGCAGGUCAAGAGCGUUUCCAAUCCUUGGGUGUGGCGUUUUACCGAGGCGCGGAUUGUUGCGUCUUGACUUAUGAUGUGAACAACAGCAGAAGUUUCGAAUCCCUUGAUCAAUGGAGAGAUGAAUUCUUAAUCCAAGCCUCUCCUCGAGAUUCCGAGAGCUUCCCUUUUGUGUUGCUUGGUAACAAGAUUGAUGUGGAGGAAUCGAGACGCAUGGUGUCCCAAAAGCGUGCUAUGGCUUGGUGCCAAUCCAAGGGCAAUGUGCCUUACUUUGAGACUUCGGCCAAGGAAGCUAUCAAUGUUGAACAAGCUUUCCAGACCAUUGCAAAGAACGCCUUGUCGCGUGAAACCGAUGUCGACAUCGAUUUCCCUGAUACCGUCAACGUUUCGAAUACCGAUCGGCAGAGCCCAGAGCCUGGCUGUGCAUGCUAA